AGCUACAAGAUGAGUGGAAGAGGCAAAACUGGCGGUAAAACGAGGGCUAAGGCCAAGACUCGUUCAUCCAGGGCUGGACUGCAGUUCCCCGUGGGUCGUGUGCACAGGCUUCUGCGUAAAGGUAAUUACGCCGAGCGCGUCGGUGCCGGCGCUCCGGUUUACUUGGCUGCCGUGCUCGAGUAUCUGACCGCUGAGAUCCUCGAGUUGGCCGGUAACGCCGCCCGUGACAACAAGAAGACCCGUAUCAUUCCCCGCCACCUGCAGCUCGCUGUGCGUAACGACGAGGAGCUGAACAAACUGCUCGGAGGAGUGACCAUCGCUCAGGGAGGUGUACUGCCCAACAUUCAGGCCGUGCUGCUGCCCAAGAAGACUGAGAAGGCCGUCAAGACCAAGUAA